AUGGACGCAGGCACUGUCGAGGCGCAGGUCCGCGCCAACCCCUCCUUUGCCAGCCAUGUGACGCGCGAGCGUGAGGCUCUCAGCCGUCGCACAUGCGCCUCCGAGCAGCGGCGCACGAGCGACUGCAUUUGCCUGGGAUCGGACGAGCAAGGUGAAGUGGAGACGGAGGCGGGAGCGUCGAGCGAUGAUGAGGUGGAGGAGGUGGCACCCCCCGCGCCACCGCCACGCAUCACUUUUGCGGUGGAAGGCGAUGACGAGGUGCAGGGCAUGGCGGCAGCGGGCGGGUUGCACGACUUGCCGCAUCUUCGCGGCUUCUGCUUGCACAAGCCUUUCUGGGAAAGCGAGGAACGCAAGGCCCCAAGUCACUGCAACGCCCACGGCGGCCACAAGCAGUGGCGGCUGCUGCAGGGGCGCGCCAAGCGGGCGCGCGACCGGGCCGAGUUAAGCGACCGGGCCGAAGAUUGA